AUGCAUCUGUGGCAGGCCACUCUUCCCUUCUGUCUGCUGGCUUCAGCUGCCCUACCUGCGGCCGCGGCCUCCGGUUGGGGCUUUACUGAUGCCACCGUGGCAGUUCAACCUAAGGGCGCUGGAAUCAACGGCGGAUUCAAAGAACAGUUCUCUUCAUCCAAGCCGCUGUCCAAAGCCGUCUCGUUCGCCGGUGCCGAUACAUUGCGCGUCACCUUGACCACCCAAGAAGGUAGCUCUGCGAAGCGCCCACACCAAGCUUUCUUGUUGUUGCAGGAUGCUCACUCUGGAUUGGACAUUUCCUACCCAUUCACCGUCAAGGAGAAUGGCAAAUCUCGCGUCGAAUUGACCCAGAAGGAGCUCCCUCUCCAAUUCCUCCACCUCGCUGAUCCUGUCGACGCCCGCGUGGUGAUCGGUUCUUUCGGCAGCUCUGAGGCUUACGAUAGCUCCGUCUUCAAGCUGUCCAUCGACCGUGACCCCCACGUCCCCAUCCCCACCGUCGAGCCCGCGCGUUACGGCAAGCUGCCCGAGAUCCACCACAUCUUCAGGGAUGCCCCGAGCAACCCUACGAUCAUCAUCACCCUGGCCUUUGUCGCCAUGGUUGCUGCUGCUCUCCCGGUUCUCGCCGGCCUGUGGCUCUUGCUCGGCGCUAAUGUCAACCACCUCCCCACCGCGUUCAAGAACGCUCCCCUCCCCCACGCCCUCUUUCUCGGCUCUUUGAUUGCUUUCGAGGGCAUCUUCUUCCUCUACUACACCUCCUGGAACCUAUUCCAGACCCUGCCCGCUGCGGCAGCUGCUGGCGCCGUCGCAUUCCUGAGCGGCAGCCGCGCACUGGGCGAGGUCCAGGGUCGUCGCUUUGCUGGCCUUCGUUAA